CAGCACGGCUCAUCCACUGUGUGCGCUGUUCUCGGCUCAGUCUGCCGCUACCUGCCCGGAGGAAUGCUCUCUCUCUCCGGCUCCUCCAUCCUUCUCAACCCAGCGGUGCUGCGGGGGACACCAGGCCCGACAUGACAGCGUCGGGGCGGGAGAAGAAAGGCCGCCAGCAGCCGCGCGUGAGCGUGCCUCUGCGGACGAUGCAGGCUGCGGGUCGGUACGCCGUGUUGGUCGCUCUGUGCGCGCUCUGCUACUGCAACUCUCUCCACGGGGAGUUGGUGCACGACGACGUAUGGGCAAUCAUCAACAACCCGGACGUCCGACCGGGAUCAAGCCUCAGAAACAUCUUCAGUAACGACUUCUGGGGCAAGAGGAUGGCAGACAACACGAGCCACAAGUCCUACAGACCUCUGUGCAUCCUCACCUUCAAGUUGAACAUCCUGCUGGGUGGUAUGACGCCUCUGUAUUUCCACCUGGUCAACGUAUGUUUGCACAGCGCUGCGACCUGCCUGCUCAUGUACACGUGUGAGCGCUGCGUCUUCCAGGAAUGCCGCCUGGCCUUCGUCACAGCACUGCUGUUUGCUGUGCACCCUGUCCACACCGAGGCAGUGUCUGGUAUUGUGGGCAGGGCUGACGUCUUGGCCUGUCUCCUCUUCCUGCUGACAUUCCUUUCCUAUAUUAGGAGUGUGGAUCUUUGUGUCUCUGAGGACUCUGCGCCACCCACGGUGUCUAUGUGGUCUCUGCUGGUCAGCCUGAUGCUGGGUACCUGUGCCAUGCUGGUCAAAGAGACGGGCAUCACUGUGUUUGGAGUGUGUUUGCUCUACGAUGCUCUGGUUCUCUGCCGCAGACCUCUCACACAUCGUCUCCCUGAAUCCCGACUCGAGGACGUCCUUCGUACCUGCAUCCCUCUGGUCAAACGAGCCGGCCUCAUCUCUGGUUACGUGGUGGUCAUCAUGUCAGUCAGGCUGUGGCUGAUGGGCGGAUCCAUGCCUCUGUUUUCUGAACAGGACAACCCCGCCUCCUUCUCACCUCACCUGCUCACCAGGAUCCUGACCUACUCAUACCUGCUGUCCUUCAACGCCUGGCUGCUGCUGGCCCCCGUCAUGCUGUGCUACGAUUGGCAGGUGGGCAGCAUCACCCUGGUGGAGUCUCUGGGAGACGUCCGCAACGUGGCCACCAUGUUGCUGGCGGUGGUGAUGGUGGCUCUGUGCCUGCACUGCAUCUUCUCACUGCAGAGGCAGGAGAGCAGGGAAGUGUUGGUGGGAAUGUUGUUCCUGGUCUUUCCCUUCAUACCUGCCACCAACCUCUUCUUCAGGGUGGGAUUUGUGGUGGCUGAGAGGGUUCUCUACAUGCCCAGCAUGGGUUACUGUAUCCUGGUGGCUCAUGGUCUGGGUCGGCUGUGUUCAGUGGCAGGUCGGUGGGGCACUACGUUCCUCAGUGUCUCCAUGCUGCUGCUGCUGCUGCUCUUCUCCUGGAAAACUGUCCAACAGAACAACGUCUGGCUCUCCAGGGAGGCUCUCUUCCGCUCUGGAAUCCAGACUCUGCCUCAUAAUGCCAAAGUCCACUACAACUACGCCAACUUCCUGAAAGACAACGGUCGGCACCAGGAGGCCAUUUACCACUACAACACCGCCCUCAGGUUAUACCCCCGUCACGCCAGUGCCAUGAACAAUCUGGGAACUCUGACCAGCAUACCAGAGGAGGCCGAGCAGUACUACAGGAAAGCUCUGGACAUCAACCCUCAGCACAACCGGGCUUUGUUUAACCUGGGAAACCUCCUCAAGUCCCAGGGGAAGCAGACAGAAGCAGAGGUUCUCCUGAAGGACUCCAUCCACUAUGGUCCACAUUUCUCCGAUGCCUACUCCAGUCUGGCAUCACUCUAUGCUGAGCAGAGACGUUUUGCUGAAGCGAAUGAAGUUUAUCUGAAAGGUAUAGAGAACUGUCCCGACAGCUCAGACCUGCACAACAACUAUGGAGUCUUCCUGGUGGAUACAGGAGAAGGGGAGCUGGCUGUGGCCCACUACCAACAAGCAGUGCGACUUAAACCAGCACAUUACGUUGCCAUGGUGAACCUGGGCCGUUUGCUACGAUCGUCCAAUGAGAACAAAGAGGCAGAGUCCUGGUUUAAAAGGGCGCUGCAGGUGACCAGGAAGGUGGACAUCCUGACUCCUCUUGGAGCACUGUACUACAACACAGGCCGCUACCAGGAGGCCCUGCAGGUGUACCGAGAGGCCACCUCCCUACAGCCGGACAGCACCGACAUCUGGCUGGCUUUGGCUCAGGUUUUGGCAAUGGCCGGUCAGGCCAUGGAGGCAGAGAAGAUGACCCAGGACAUCAUAUCCAGAGAGAAGAGCUGCAUCGAAUGUUACCGCCUCCUUUCUGCCAUCCACAACAAGCGUGGAAACUUCUCAGAGGCUCUGGAGGCUCUCGACCGAGCCCUGCUGCAGAAUCCCAGUGAUGUGACUGUCAGAGCUGAGCUGUACUUCUCCAAAGGGAACCAGCUGAGGGAGAUGAACCAGCUGGACCGGGCCUUUGAGAGCUACAAGCUGGCUGUUGAACUCAAACCUGACCAGUCACAGGCCUGGAUGAACAUGGGGGGGAUUCAACACAUCAAGGGAGACUAUGCAGCUGCCAGAAUGUACUACCAGCGGGCCCUGCUUCUGAGUCCUGGUUCCAAACUACUGAAGGAAAACUUGGCCAAGUUGGACCGGCUGGAAAAGAGACUGACCGGCGGGGCAUAGGUGACACAGGUUCCCCUGAUGCUGCAUUCCAAGAGCAGGGUGCCGUCUGCCCUCCAUGAGACAAACACCAGCAGCUGCAUCAAGCAGACCAGAUACAAAUGCAGCCUACCUGUGUAGGAGCAGAGGAGCUUGUCAGGACUGCAGGGUGUUUGUAGGUGGAGCAGGUGGGCUGCAGUCAAAGCCUCAGCCUACAAAGCGUGGGCAGGAGAUGGGUGGACGGAGACAACCAGAAACUCUCUAUAUUCACCAGCUUUACUUCAUUGUGCACAUCUGCUCUCCACAUUUGUGUUUAUUUCCUUUCAUGUUGAGUCAUUAAUGGCAGAUUGUAACUCAGCUUUCUUCUCUGCCUUUAAAAGUUCUUCAUGUAUCUACAUUAGUGCAGUGAAAGUGUGUGAAACAACUACUGUCAUGAAGGGAGUGUGUUGGGGAGAGUUUCUGUGGGUACAAUGUGUAAAAAACUAAAGAAACCAUGGCUGAAACUCCACUUACAGGCUUUGUGCAUCUAGAAAGACUUGGGAGUUCAUCAUUGUUCUGUUUUUAUGAAGAACAGCUGCCAACAAACAACAGGAAAAGUUAGAUUCAAACAGGUUUACCCUCUGAUGGAUGAAUCCCAGGAAAGGCGAAUCUUUAGUAGAAAGAUGAUUGCUGGUCCUUUGUUAGAAGAAGGCUGCAGACAAUUAGCAGCUCCUCAGAGCUGGUAAGUGGAGGUUUGAGCUUAUAUUGUUUCUGCAGAGGAAACUUUGCAGCUGUGUUUAUCAUCUAUGUGAGCAGAUCUCAGCUGUGCUCAUGUGACCAGCUGCUGAACUGGAGGUCAUCUUGUGGCUUCAUCAUCAGCUCAGAGUGCUGCUGUUUGGAUGCUCCGUGUGGUUUUUUUGACAGUGAUGUUUGCUGUGUUUAUUUUGUGACGUGAAAUGGGAAGAAAAUGAAGUGACCAGUGCAAUGACUGACUUGCACCAAAAAAUAAAGUAUAUGUUUUAUUACUUGCUGAUUCCUAACGGAACUUUAAUUUCAUGGUCCAGCGGCGGGAUGGAACCACUGUGGCCUUACAGAAGGGUGGGUGCUCUCUGGUUAUUUCAGCUUCCUCCCAGUCCAAAACAUGAUGAAAUUCUAAUUAAAUUACUUAAUGUUUGUCUGCUUUGGUGUCAGCCCUGUGAUGUCUGUAUAUGUUGGUGUCAAAGACUUGUGAAAAGUUUACAGAAAUAACAAAGAUAUUAGUUUUUUCCUAGUUCUUACUUCAAAUAUUGAUUGGUGGAAUAAAUAAAUGGUCUUUGAGCCACAGAUUUUGAGCAUCACAGUCAUAAGAAUAAUGACGGCUCUGAUGGAAAAAGCCUGAUCUCACAAACUAGGAUCUAUGAACAGUUAUCAUGGAUCUGUUUGUGUGGUCAGGAGGAAACAGCAGAUCAACAAGUCAGAGAUGGAUUUCAGAUCAUUAACCUCUUCAUGACGAGGCCAAUUUCUCCACCUCCUGUCUAAAAUGACCCAGUCCCCAAAAUAAAUUAAGGAUAUCUUAGUAUAUGGUUUCAUGUGAAAUAUGAGAAAGACUAGCUGAGAGACCAGCAACAUCGUUGGGAUUGCUGGGUUUUGUUAGCUCAGUGUCUGCACCAUAAACAUAAACAGGAGACCAAGAACCGAACCCUGUGGUACACCUCCCCUGAACUCACCUCAACUGAGCUGAUGGGAAGUUAAAUUAUUCAUUCAUUAUUAAAUCUAUCCGUCCUUUCAUCCAAUCCGUCCAUCUGUCCAUCAUCCAUCCAUUCAUCCAUCCAUCUGUCCUGAGGUUCCUCCUGGUUUGAAGCAUAGACUGUAUAUAAAAGAUGGACGGAGCCUCAGUGACAUCACCCUUAGGUUUUUGAAGAGCUGAACUGAAGCUCAUUGGGUGCUUCCCACUGUCGCCAUUUUGUCAGCAAUUUUCCCAGAAAAUCCAAAAAUGGCCAAAGAGGUGGAGCUGAGAGGAGGAUUGUGAAGGUGGGGGUGGAUGAUAGAUACCCAUAAAACUCUGAGCUACCUGUAGCUAAGCGCUAACCAAGCUGAUGGUAGCUAACCAGCUAACGGAGGUAGGCAGGCUCAUAACCGCGUUUGUGCCGCAUGCUCCCUUCUUUCCACAGAUAUUGGAUACAUGUCAAUCAAUUGAGAACAUGAUAUUUUAUUUUACAAUUUCACUUUUUUCCUGUACUGAUUUAUAUUGGGAUUUUGGCCUGUAGUUUGUGGUAACCAGCUGGCCAUAACUGACAUCAACAUGCUCUGCACCCUCAUGCCUUUAUGUUUUCACAACCACACCCCCCGGCUUAAGUUUAACAUAUGUGAAAUUAGUGGGCUGAGUUGAACACAACCGGUAUCAUUUGAACCAGUUAACGCCACUCUGCUUGGCUGAGGCAACUCAUCAUCAUAGCUCAACCAGUCAACACUGGUCGGCCUGCACACUGUUGCCAACUUAGCGACUUUGUUGCUACAUUUUGCGAGUUUUUGCAACUUUUUCUGGUUUUAUUGGAGACUGACGUGAAUGAAUGUAGUUUACUCUUCCCAAUGAGGAGAGGGUUAAACUAAAGAAAAAUUGACUGAAGAAUUUUAUUUUAGUUUAUUUUAUUAUUUUUUUCUGUUCUAAACAUUUUUAGGUUGUCUUUUCAUCAGUUGCUGCCUUUCACAUGACAUCCCUCUUUAGGCAGCAUCCAUUACAAUUAUAUGUACUAGGUUGAUUAUGCAAAUUAGAUGAUAACGUCAUUUAGCAACUUCCAGCGACUGCCAAUAGCUACUUUUCUUACUGAGGAGUUGGCUGCAGUGCGGUUGGCCUGCAGUUCUACGGCUGAUGCUUUAGCUUAAGCAGCAACUUUUAAACUACCUAAAACCUGCUCUGGCUACAACUGUCAUACAGCUUUUCCCUUCAGUGUUAAAACUGAAUUGGAAUGAAUCCUGCAAAAGAUCGAUCAGUGUCUAAAAUACAUUUACAUGUAUGCAUUUAGCAGACGCAUAAAAGUGACUUGGUGAGUCGGCAGGUACUUCUCAGUCGUCUGGCGGUUAUACUCACGGCCAAAACGUUGGCACCUGAGAUCCAAACUUUCAGGCUAAUAGCAAGCUAGUCAGGUAAUGUUUACUGUUGUGCUCCCAUGUGUUAGUAAAUCAAAUGGGAGGGUUCCGAAAAAAUGGACAUUGUUGAGACAAGUGUGAAGAUGACUGGCAAAAACUAAAAUACAAUGCAAUACAAAUUACAGAUUACAAACAAAUACUUUUUUUUUUUUUUUUACCACCAUUGAAGAUUGAAACUAAGUACUGACUGAAUUGUGAUUGUUCUUUGUUGUUGUCAGUCUUAGUAGUCCCAUGUGUUUCCGGAGGGUGGAACGCCAGUUUUCCUGGAUUAUGUUAGCUCAGCAGCAGGUUGGAAACAGGAAUGAUACUUUUGUAUGCGUUUACAGUUAUGUGCUUCUGAGGCGAUCAAAUUAAUAUAUGAAUAAAGUUAUUUUGUUAUGUUA